AUGAAGAUAGACAACAUAGAGGACUUGAGCGGCGUGGAAGCCCUCAUCUUCGACUGCGAUGGCACUCUGGUCGACUCCAUGCCCAUGUGGUGUGAGAACUGGAUCAAGACGUGCGAGCACUUUGGGAUGAAGCUGACAGAAGAAGAGUUCUACUCGCACGCGGGCAAGACAGUUGAGGAGACCUUCAAGAUUCUCUGCAAGGAGCAGGCGGUGGAUGUCGACCCGGACGCGUUCUACAGGAAGAAGGACGACCUUGCUUCUGAGAUGAUCCCGCUAGUCAGGGAGAUCAAACCCGUCUGUGACAUUGCCCGAGCAAACCAUGGCAGAAUCCCAAUGGCGGUCGUCAGUAGCGGGCCUCGGAAGAUGGUCGCCAAGUUCCUGAGCCAGUGCAAGCUCGAGACUCUCUUCGCCGUCCUCAUCUGCGCGGAGGACGUUGAGAGGCACAAGCCGCAUCCUGACCCGUUCCUGACAGCUGCCAGGAGCCUGGGGAUCCCCCCCGACAAGUGCCGGGUGUACGAGGACGCGGAUGCUGGAGUGGAGGCAGCGCUGAGCGCAGGGAUGUCAGUGGUGGACGUGAGGAAGAUCCCCGGAGUACUGCCCGUCCUCAAGUGA